AUGAUUCACUAUCUGCUUCUCCUGGCGUUGGCCUGCUCGGUCUUAGCCACAGCAGAUGCUCAAUCUCCUACAUUCGAACGAGAAGAUCGAGACUAUCGCCCACUACAGUUCGGCAAACGAGAUGGAUAUCGGCCUUUGCAAUUUGGCAAACGAGAUUACCGACCGUUACAGUUCGGCAAGAGAUCACCACUGGCUAGCGGCGCAUUUCUUGUGCCCGCUUUGUGA